AACUUCUACGAUAUACAAUUCUGUAACGUGUGUGAUCGAAUAAAGUCCGCGUUUUUAUAUUAAAUAAGUAUUGAUUGAGGGUAUCUUUCAUUUCAUUGAAAAUGAAGACAAGUUUAACUCGACAGGUGAAACAAAGAAAUAGGAAGUGUUUAAAUGUGACGUUUCUUCGAAUUAACCAUACGGCGAUUACGCUAUGGUGAUUAAUUAGAUCCUGUACCUCGUUUUUAUUAUUCCUUUUACCUUGAUUAAGGACGAACUAUGUUCCGUAACAAAUAUCAGCACGGACUCAUGUCCGUUUUAUACAGCUGCGGCUCAUCUCCCUUGGAAUUGUGGGACAUGCACGUAAAAAAUGGUUACAUUCGAAGAGUCACAGACGACGAGGUAAAAUCGUUGGCUCUGGAACUGUCCGGGACCAACGUAACGACGACUUACAUCUUCUGUCCGCGUGGUCCCAGAAAAGCCCUCGGCAUCAAGCUUCCCUUUCUGAUCAUGAUUAUUAAGAACAUGAAGAAGUACUUCACGUUCGAGAUAACAAUACUCGACGACAAAGACAUGCACAGGAGGUUCAGAAUGAGCAAUUUUCAAAGCACCACUCGGGUUCGACCGUUCUGCACGUCGAUGCCGAUCGGCCUAUCCGGUGGUUGGAAUCAGAUCCAAUUUAAUUUGGCUGACUUUACCCGAAGAGCGUACGGGACAAACUACAUCGAGACCACGCGCAUUCAGAUCCACGCGAACUGCAGAAUCCGUCGCAUUUAUUUCGCAGACAGACUUUAUUCGGAAGACGAAUUACCGGAAGACUUUAAACUCUUCCUGCCGGUUCAUCGCAAGAAAUGCGUUCGAGAGGAGGAUGUGAAGAAGGUGGAGGAAGAGAAGAAAGAUCUGGAGGAAACUGAGACCGAGGAGCCUCCGCCUUUCGACGAAGGCGAGGAAGUCGACGAAGACGAGGGUGAAGAAGACGAGGAUGAAGGCGAAGAGGACGAAUUAAUCGAGGAUGAGGGCAUUCCUGUAGACGAAGAGGAGAAACUUGAGUUAAGAGAGGAGGAUGAAGAGGAAGAGGAAGAGGACGAGGGGGGACCAGCGGAAGUAGGUGAUUACGAAGCUGAAGACGAAGCGGACGAGGAGCCGACGGACAUUCCAACACCGGGAUACGCUACUGAAGAUGAAACCGAUGCGGAACCAGAUCAAGCUGAAGAGGAUGAAGAAUACGAAGUUCCGUAAAAAAAAAUGUCUGACUUCGUGUAAAUAGGAUGAAUAAAAUGUCUAUGGAAUGUGUCCAAAUAGAUCUUAGUUGUAAAUAA